AUGGCAAUCAAUUGCAAAAAAAGAAAACGUGUUUGUUUCCAUUGCAAAGGUCGUCAUAAUACCGCAUUAUGCUACAUUAGAUAUAACGAUCGAGCUCAGUCAGUCGGUCCAAUCAAAGAGGAAACCAACUCGGAGAAGAUAUACCAGAGAUUUCAAAUAAAGUCGCGGUGCUCAAGCAACUUGUAUAUCGAAGAAACUAGCAAAGAGCUUAAAUCUAGAAGAUAUGAUUGCGAGCAAGUGAAAUUCGUGGAUUUCGGCAAUAAAAACCCUCAACCAUCGCUUUUUGCUAAGAGGUUGAUCGAUUCUGGAAGUUGCAAUUUAGAAAUGUUCAAGGAAAAUAUCACCAAAUAA